AUGACGCUUGUCGGACCCAUCGGCCGCAUAGGCUUUCUUGCAGCCACCUCGGUCGCUGUUCUCGCUCUUGCACCUUCGGGACCUUGGGAUGCGUUCAACUUCGCACCUGAAUCGCGCACAGUCGCGCCGGCUUCUGUGCGUCAAGUCAACGGGACCAUCGCGAGUGCGGACGGCCUCGUCUCGAAUGGCUCUGCGACGUUCUCCGCCUCAUCAUGGCUCACCCUCGACUUCGGUAUCGAGGUCGGCGGCAUCAUCUCCAUGUCGUUCUCGAACGCAUCAGACGAUGCAUCCGUAGCGCUCGCAUGGACAGAAUCGCCGCUCUACAUAUCUCCCACCCAGUCCGACUCGUCUUCCAACAUCGUGGCCGAUAGCAACUCAGAUGGCGUCUUGACCGUGUCGGCGCCCUUACCCUCAGGUGUCUGGACUCAACCCGCGCCGACGCUUCGCGGUGGCUUCCGCUUCUUGACCAUCUCACUCGCGGCUGGCAGCAGUGUUACAAUCUCGAACGUGUCGCUCGAGAUCACGUUUAUGCCGGACACGGACGACCUGCGCGCGUAUACCGGCUACUUCUACGCUCAAGAUCCAGGGCAAGCGGACGAGGAUUUACUCACGAGGGUCUGGUACGCUGGCGCGUAUACGGCGCAGACCAAUAUCAUCGCGGUCACACAAGGGCGCGAGCAGCUUCCCAGCACGGAGGUUGGCUGGCUGAACAAUGGGACAAUCGGCUUACUUGACGAGAGCCCCGUCACUGUAGACGGUGCAAAGCGAGACAGGACCGUGUGGCCGGGCGAUAUGGGUAUCGCCGUGGCGACCGAGUUCGUCUCGCUCGAUUAUCUUGAUCCCACUCGUAAUAGCCUCGACGAGAUGUUCUCGUUGCAGAACGCAUCUGGCGCCAUCCCAUACUGUGGACCAACGAUCAGCUGCGGCUUCCAGAGCAUCACAUACCACGAAUGGACACUCUUCGGCGUGUUUAACUACUGGCUAUACUCGGGCGAUGUAGCCUGGGUACAGAAGAUAUGGAGCAACUACACCCUGGGUCUCCAGUACCUUGCCAACAAGAUCGAUGCCACUACCGGACUCCUUGACUCGACGGGGCAAGAAGCUGACUGGGGUCGCAACGGUGGCGGCAACUUCAGCAUCUCUCCGAACGUUCUGUACUACAAGGUUCUGUUGAACAGCAUCACUCUUGCGAACGCGUUGAACGAUAGCACAUCAGUCGACGCGUGGGCCGCAAACGCCACGGCGUCCAAAGCGGCGAUACAAUCGCAACUCUGGAUGGACGGCGUGGGUAUGUUCCGCGAUAACACCACGACAGAUCUGGCACCUCAAGAUGGCAACGCGCUCGCGCUCCUGUACAAUCUGACCAUCAGCGACGACCAGAAGCAGUCCAUCAGCAAGGGCCUGACUGCGUUCUGGGGUGCGACGGGAGCUGUAACUCCGGAGAGGCUAGACACGAUCUCGCCGUUUGUAGGCGGCUUUGAGAUACAAGCACAUUUUGAGGCCGGCCAGGGAGAGCGUGCACUGGACCUGAUUCGCCUCCAGUGGGGAUACAUGAUGACCACCAAUUUGAGCGUGCAGUCGACACUUAUCGAGGGUUAUCUCAUCAACGACUCUCUGGAGUACUACUACAGCGAUGGCGCUUACACGUCUCAUGCGCACGGUUGGAGCACGGGUCCAACCUCUGCGUUGACGUUCUAUCUGGUCGGCUUGCAGCCCACCGGUCCACAGGGCCAGACAUGGCAGGCCGCACCACAGCUCUCAGGUCUGCCUGCCGCCCAGGGUAGCUUCGAGACUGGCCUUGGCACGUUCGCCGCUUCCUGGACAUUCAGCAACAGCACGGGCUUCAACCUAGCACUCAGCACGCCAGAGGGUACACAGGGAACAGUUGUAUUGCCCGUCGCGGGAUCUGUGACCGUGGACGGACAGAGUCAGGGCAAAGUGACUAGCCUGUCACUCGCAGGAGGUGAACAUACGAUCGCCGUGGACGUUUCGGCAUGA